AUGACAGAAAAUGAAAAUGCACAGGAAGAGGAUGUCUCAGAUACUGUGCCUCCACGUCGAAAUUGUUGCGUAAUAAUAACCGAAACAGCUGCUUUCCGUCGUUCGCAAACUUGGUGGCUUCAGUGGCGCAGUUACAUUUCCAAGUUCAUUUUGUGGGGCGGAAUCGUCGGCAUCUGCAUCGGCUACGGUUUCUUGUGGGACAAGUGCGCAGCUCCAUCGACCGGCAGUGCGCACAAGGAGUGCUGGACGACUCCCUACACGGCAGAGUGUUUUCCUUGCGGAGUGUGGAUCGCGCGCUGGCUCGGUCUUCUUUUCCUCUUGACGCUGAUCUUUUGCUACAUGUUCUAUUCGGUCAUAAAGAGCUGCAACUGCUUGCUCUACGGAUGCUGGCCCUUCAUUCCAGUGACGCCGACGCCGGAAAUAGAAGCGCGCGCCUCCAACAACCAAAUCUACCCGAUGGAAGAGGAGUGGCAGAACCCGUCGCACUGGGGACUCGACCUUCCGAGCUACGACGACGCGCUCGAAAUGCCCAAAGUCGACGAAGACACGUUUGAUGCUUCAAGAGGAGGAGUGGAGAACAGAGCUUACGACCAGUCGAGUUUAGGCCCGCCGCCAGAAUACGAAGCGCCAGAGCCAUCUGCUCCUCCGAUUUAUCAAACGAAUGAAGAGACGGCGGAUUCCUCGGGGAGCUGGAACACGUGA